CGAAUACUUUCGAGAUCGCGACCGGCUCCGACGUCGCUGUCACUUACAAUGACAUAUCUGUGCUAGAAAACAUGCACGCCUCUUUAGGUUGGCGACUUGUCGAGUCUACUCUACUCUCACCUGGAGGAGGACGCGGUGUCUACUAUAAUAACGAUCCUCGUGGAAGCAACAGUCUAGCAAGAGGUGCGCAAUCCUCAGCAGCACAAUCAGGAGUACAAGCCAUAUCCGAUCGCCAAACGCAGACACACAGACGCUUUCGCCAGCUCUUUAUCUCCAGUAUACUGGCAACCGACAUGAGCAAGCACGACGGACAGAUACAGGUAGUAAGGUAUAGCAUCGAUCUUGUAGCAAUCGGAAGAACCAUCAUCGGAAUAUAGACCAAUUUAAUAUACGUGGCAUCCAUCUCAGGCUCGAUAUUGUUGAGAACAAACUACAGAAAUACUUACGUUCUUCAUGCAUUCCUCGCUAGUUUUCAUUCUUUGUGAUUUACUGAAUCCCCCUUUUGCUAUCCUCAUUCUUUUGUCAGGCAGCAAAAGACGUAAGUCGCGAGUUGGAAGAGCUACGAGGUCGAGGAAGGGACGAAGACCAUCAAGCAAAAGAGGCAGCGGAGGAGUUUUAUGACGGCGUUUUUUCUGAACUUUAUCUAUUCCGAGAACAAUAGAAGGCAUAGGGUUCUUAGCCGUUUCUCUUCAUUGUAUCUAUACCAUAGAGACGAUAGCCCUGAUAGUAGUUCUAGUUGCAACAAAACGAACACAGCGACUGUUGACGAGAUUAUUUUUUUCGUGUACGCUCUAAAGAAGGCACACAACAAGAAGAUCGGAGGGGCAGGGGCUGCGAAGCAGCAAGAAGCACCAUAGCUUGGUUCCGCGCGUACCAGGUGGCAGAAGCAGGAGGUCUUUAGUGCCCCGAUCUCUGUUAUGUGGUGGAUUUUAGUAAACGCGUGUUGUCUUCAUAUCGGAAUCCCAACACUGUCCUCGCAAUUUUUUUUUUCAGACGUCUCAGCCUCAGCUUUGAUCUCUUUCUCAGCCUCAACUUGGAGGAAAUAAUGGCUCGAUAUAAAACUCAGUCGCGCUUGUGCUAAGUAGUAGGCCGAUGCUGUUGCUUAAAGGUAGCGCUUGAGUAAGUUUGUUGUCACUUCUUUCCUCAGUCUUGCAUUUUUCGCCUUCGUCAAGGACACUGUCCUCGCAAAUUUUCUCCAUCUUCAUACUUCUCAACCUCAACUUUGAUCUCCUUGGAUCGACCUUCGACUUUGCAGAUGGGCAGGAGAAGCACACUGGCGUCCCUUUUAGGGCAGCCACAUGCUGCCACUCCGUCUACGUCUUCCAUACUCUGUCAUGGUCGUGGGAAUGGGGAUGGGAAUGCGAUGAAUGGCAGUAUAUUACAACUUGGCAGUGACAAGAAAGGUAUUUUGCAACAACGGCCACAUGACGACGAGCAAAAUACCGCGUGGCGUGCAGCUGAGAGUGGCGGAUCUGGCGAAGGGAAUGUGACCAAUAUCCCUGGGAGUGCAGGAGUCCCACCACAUAGACAUCAAGGACGUCAAGGAUUCUCACGUGUAUGGUCGUGUGGACAUAUUAGAUAUUGAAAUUGAUUGAGAUGAUCUGUUUUUAAUGUUGAAGGGGAAGUGUCGUCGUUGUCGACAGACUAUCAAUCUUGAAUGGGAUAUCAAAAGAAAAAAAACUACCUAUACUUAUAAAUCAAAAAAUUUGCUUUAGAGGGUUUAUAAGUAUAAGUAGUUUUUUUUCUUUUGAUAUGGGAAACGUCGUCGUUGUCGACAGGAGGCGCAACGUCUUGUUUCAAGAAAAGUUUUCAUUCUCCAUGAAGAGUGCCAUGCUUUUCAUAACCGGCUGACCUGAGUAUCUGCAGUGUUACCUCCAGUACCUCUCGUGCGGACUCGAUAGUGAGAUCGGGAAGCAGGGCGUCGCCUUCUAUCAUAGCAGUUGUAGCAGGUCGCGACGAGGAUCAAAGUCAACAAAGAUCCACCUAUUACAGGCGUAGGUUUGGCAAUACCAGGCGUAGUUUAGCCCUUAGCGACAGGCGCUCUAGUAUGGAGUUAUCAGCGAUGACGUCGAGUGGUGGGAAAUGCAGCAGUUCUUUAUGAUCGAAUUCCGAAACAACUCAGAAUCAGAAUAAACCUCAACGGCCUAACCUUGAGCUGGCAGUUAAGUGGUGACAAACGAAAAAUUAUAAGCACAGAAGAUGAUUAUAUCAAAUACAAAGAUAGCGGUGCUAGCCAGGCUCGUCUACAACUACCGAACAUUGGAUAGACUUUCUCUGACUUCUUAGGCAUCCUCGUUAAUGAAAGUUAGAGAUGGUCACUCACUUCCCACUUUCAUGUUCCAUUUGGCAUCAACAUCAAGAGCAAAAUUUUCUUCGGAGAACCACCAGUGGUGAAUAUGGAAGAAAAAAAGUGCACUCACACUCAAAAAAAGUGGCUAUUUUCCUACUUAAAUCCUAGCCAAUUUCUUGAGUGUGAGCGCACUUUUUCGCUUCAUAGUGAAGAUCCCACUAGUAUACUACAUCGAGAAGAAGAACCAGAAGGUGCUGAAGGUGAAGGCGAAGGGGAUCCCAGAGUAGGAAGACGAGGCACGUCUACAAUUGUACGGAAAGACUCUGUAACAGAGGAACUUCGAACGAAAAUCGUUGAGUUAGUUCUUCAUGCCGCAGACAUAGGGAAUGUGGCGCAACCACUGCCUAUAGCUUUGCAGUGGAAAUCCCGAGUUUUGGACGAGUUCAGUAGGCAGUCGAGGGAAGAAGCAGCACAGGGGAUCGAGAUGACCCCCUGUAUGCAAAACCUCCACGAUCCAGUGGUUGCUGCGAAGAGUCAGGUUGGAUUCAUCAGCUUUAUACUAAGGCUUGAAACAAUUAAUGUUCAUCUCAAGUAGAAGCAUCUUUGUAGUACUUUUUGCUACGGGGAGAACAUGUUGUAUGAAUGCGCGACAACAUAAUGUCAAAGAUGCACUUCAAGAUGAACAUAUGUGAGGUCUAAUUAUAGUUGCUCCGCUGUUCCAACAGAUCCACCCGAUCCUGUUAAGGCUACAACGAAAUGCAUCUGCAAGUAGAACAUCCUGGGACCGUUCUUGUAUCGUGGGAAAAGAAUUCAACUCGGGUGCAGCACUUUAAGAUGGAUUGAAAAUAAAUAUAUUAGAAGGUGUUCUAACUCUAGGAAUCUCCCAAGCCUUGGAAGCCAUGGCCUACAACACGCAAUACUAUCAACAAUGUGCCGAAAGAGGUGUUUGGUAUCUGCAAGAAGAACAUAAACGAUUUUCGUUGCUGGAAGGAGAGGAGCAAGAGGUAAAACCUCAACACAAUCGCCAACGAACAAGUGACCUCUUGAUAGUUGAAGACGCUGGCUCCGAAGUUUAGAAGAUGGGAAACGAAUUCCCAAUUUUUACUUUACGAGUUUCUAUUUAUAAUACUCAAGUUUUUUGACUAUCUAAGGUUUACCCGCUUAUUACUCAAGUAACUUGUUGUCUAAUGUACUAGACAUGACAGUUGAAGUUGUCUUUUUCCGAAUGAAUCCAAGCUACUUUCUUGUCUUGCUAGAUUGAAGAAGAAGAAGCUGCUGUUCUUUUUUCUGUAGUUCCUCGUCGAGAAAUGAAUACUUAUAGAAAGCCGUUUGCUGGAAGUAGGAGUGCAGUAGUAUUUGUAUUUCGCGAGGUCGCAGACGUAGUACUUAGUUAAUUUGUCAUAGACAUUAGGCUUAGGCAGUACAUGUACAACUACAGCAUUUUUUAUAAAACAGAAGUAAAACUACAAAGCCGUUAUUGGGGAAUGCCUAAACACGAUCUUCAUCGUUCUUAUUGCGUAUCUACUAAGUAUCUGGUGGGAACCCACCACAGCAAUUCUAGUCCUUUUCUUCCAAAAGUAGUCACUUUUGUUAUGCAGGAUCAUAAUCAUGCAAGGUAUCCAUCGGUAUGUGUCUACAACUCGGGUAGUCGCAACGGAACGAGGCAGCUGCAAGCUGCUACGUGGUUCGAGUGAAUUAAUAUUUGACGCUACUAGCUUCUGUGGUGGCUAAUGCCACUGUAAUUGAGGUUAGAAAUAUUUCUUGAGCAUGCUUCUACGUCACUACACUUUGUCUGUGGUUGUUGUUGAUAUUAGAGCAUCCACGACUAUAUUCGACUUAGAAGAUACUCCCGGGAGGAUGCAUCUCGUCAAAAACAAAGGCUAGUGCUGGCACUUUUUUCCGAUUGUAGUUUGUUGUAUAAUUAAUAGGGAAUAACUUAAUCUACCAAAAAGUGUUUUUGUUGGAACACCCGAACACGCCCAAGCGCACCAGGAGGCUCUUGAGAGCAAAUGGAAUGAUUAUCGUUGCAAUGUAACAGAAAGACGAUCAGAACGGACGUGCCGAAUGAUCACUGACUGUUUAAGGCCUUGAAAUGGUAUCAAAAUGGGCUCAAUGUCAUUGGGAUAUCAUGAAGGGCCAUUGUGCAGUUAAAGAUCUGGGAGAUCUUGCUGCUAAUUCAUGUUGGAACUCAUUGAGUUCAAAUGAUGACCAUGCGAGGAACUAACAUGAGUUCAAGACAAGGAACGGUAUUGAUCAUGAUCAAGGUGACGAGUGAGAGCAGUCAUUUGGCAUUGAAAUCAGGUUCAUCCAUUGGGUCUUGAGCCAGUAAUGACCAUUGACCAACGCCCCUCCUCAAUCGCUAGGUGAGGAAAUGACGAAAGUCACAAACGGUCUAGUGUUGCCUGCUCUGACCCAGAACCAUCACGAUUCUGUGUAUAGCCACUGACAUCACCUUUGGCCAACGAUCUAACACCCUAAGAAGAUAGAAUAGGUAAGCACCGCCAAAGAAGCAGAACUUGAACCAGACUCAUCAUCUUCUUCUUCCGAGUCACUAUCAUCUUCAACAUGGUUGCGGCUAAGUACUGGAUUCUCUAUGUGAUGUAAUAACAAUCUGCGUUGAGUAGAUGAGCGUGGGAGUUUCGUUAGUCCAUCAGCUUUCAUCAGGUGAGUAGGACAGAAAGCGACUUUCUCAGCUGCAUCUCUAACCCUUAAAUAACGUAAUGCAUAGUGUCUACUCUGGGGCUUCGUAUCUUCACUCUUUGCUGUCGAGAUUGCAGACUGGUUGUCUAUCCACAAUAUGGCAUCGUCGAGGGAUGGCGAUAUACCAAACCGCGUUUCCACUAGUUGAGUGGGUAAGGAAUUGAAGAAGUCUGUAAAAUCAUGCAGCUCGCUCAUGACAAUAGUGUCCGACGCGGCUAUAUACUCUGACUCUGCAGUUGAAUACGCACGCACGGUUUGGGUAUUGCGUUUCCAACAGAUUGGAAAACCCCGAUAGUACAUAAUCGAACCACUGGUCGAGCGCAUGCUCUUUAUGCAGUUUGCGAAUCUUGCAUCUGAGAGCCAGUCAGUAUACGGCAGCUCUCUUCCUUCUGGUAGGAGCUUCUUGUAAAUUUCGUUGAAUUCUUCCUCACUUUCUGGAGAGUAGUAGAGUCCUUGGCCCUUCGUCGUAGCUAGAUACUUUAAUACUUUUCUACAGGCUUUUGCAAUUCUUUCAGUAACGGGCUUACUGACAUACCGAGCCAAUGCCGCCACAGGGACGCAAAUAUCUGGCCUUGCGGUUGUCGAUAUCCAAAGCAGUGCGCCAACAAUCUCACGCAAUGGAAACCCGGCUGCUAGCUUAAGCCCCUCCUCAAGCAAAGCAGACUCGUCGAAAUUUGGGGACCACACGGGCUUACCUAAUGUUAUUUUAUACUUCUGUAAAGUCUUCUCUAUGUGCACACUCAUCAGGAUUUUCACUGAACGCGCUUCCCGACAAUAGUGCACAAUCGCACCAAGAGAGUCGAACUCUAGCCAUUCGAAACUCGUGUGAGAAUCGACUCGCUUUGCCAUCUCGAUAGGCCGGCCAGGGGCGCGACUAAAGAUCCGGUCGAGCUCCGGCCGUAACUCAUGAUAGUCAGGUCCAGUAGCUAAGUUAUCAUCAACAUAGACUGACAUCUUCAUAUACUUUCCUGGGUGCGUUUUGCUCUUUUUCCGCCACAAUCCUGGAGCAGAAGGACACGGCUCCCAUCCGAGUUCGGACAAUAGCACGCAAUACUUCUUGAACCAGGCUCGUGGAGCGUCCUUGAGCCCAUAUAGAGCUUUCUUAAGCUUGACGGUAUCCGCCCCAUGCUUCUCCGCCCACACUGGUGGAAGACGGCAGAAGGCGCCGCGAUCGAGUUCAGCAUUAAGGAACGCAGAAUCAAGGUCGAAAGGGAUGACGAAGUCAGAGUCCGUCGCUGCUGAAACGAGUAAAAGUCUAUUCGCAGCGUGUGACACUACAGGGGCGUAGGUGUCGAUAUUCCCCGAACGAUCAAGAUUCCCGAGCACACAAGCACGAGCUUUGAAUGUUCCAGCACGUUUUACCGUGAGAACGAUUGCUAUAGGCAUUACCUGAGAAGAGGUUCGCAGCUCCUCGUCAGUAGCUGGCGCCCAAGUCUCAAAGGCAAGUAGUCUAGCUUCCUCCUUGGUGAUAGCUGCGCGCCAUUUUUCGGCGUCGGGGCUUUUCAAGGCUUGGGAAACUGACAGCAUGACAUGUGCUUCGAGGAAGGUCCCCCCUUCUUCCAGCUCAUGCCCGCCUGCUAGCAUGGCAAAUUUAGUCAUGUCUUUUCUUAAUGCUUCUAGCUCGGCUUUUGUUCUUCUUUUGCGUUGUCUUGGAUUCUUAUCCUUGCUCCCUUUAGGUCUUCCUCGGCCUUUCUUCCCCUCCUCAACUUUGCCUGGUUGAGAUGGUGGAAUGGGUAAGGGCCUCGGAUCCCUUGCUUCAGGAUUAGAGUCAGGUGACACGCGCUCCGAUGAGAUAUUCCCCUCCUCAACGCGUUGCGCGUCAGAGUUGGAAUCAUCGCCGGUCUUUGGAUCUUCCUCUUUGUCCAAAGAUUCACAGAAAAACUCAUCAGUGUCAUUGUUAACUAAUAUCAUUUCCAUGCCGGUUGGAUCGCCUGAGCUGUACUCCGUGCCAGAGAAGCGCGGCUGACAGGCCAUACGUUGCAGCGCAUGCCUGUGCAGGACGGGACCCAGCGACGGCGUGCCAGACUGCAGGUUUUCCAGCGGGUCAUAAUCAACAUAAAUGCCCUUCGACGUAGGCAGUAGCCAAUCAAUGUUCUUGACUAAUAUCGACUCUCGAAAUUUAACAUCUAGUGUGGAAUACUCACUCCACUUGAAGCCAGCUUUCGAUCUCCCAUCGUUGUGAUAUGUACCUACUAGCCAACCAGACGAAACUGGACACAGACCGAGAAACACACCACGCCGAUAAGGUGGCGCAAGCUUUGCUUCUUUCUUGUUGGUGGUGUCUACGACCUGUUCAUGAAAGUACACCAAGCAGCCAUAUCUUCUUAGCAUACCUAGACCACUUUUCGAGGACUUCCCUCCUAUCCUCUUUUCUAGUAUCUCGACAGGACUCGCUCCAUCAUGUUCGGGCAUUUUUGCGUAGCGAUGCGGUAAGCGAUUCCAACAAUCUCCGGCAUACUGUAGGCAGUAACACCAAAGACGUCGGUCGACUUUGACCAACAUGGUACGUACAGCGCCGAAAAUGGUCCGCAUGAAACGUUCGCAAGUUCCGUUCAUUUCUGGGUUGUAAGGAACUCCAGGAAUUUCCGAAACCAGUAGCGAUUGCAUGACUUUGGUCAUAUGGUCACUACUUAGGACGGGUUCGCUAUCUCUACGGAUGAACCGUGCCGCCUUGUCGUCGAGUGACAAUGAGUAGUCCUGGCGAAUGCCUUUUAUUACUUCUUCAAUCACCUCUACGCAGUCCGACUUGAGGCAAAGAGGACGAACGAAACGCAUUUUAAUCGAAUCGCAAAUAAUGACUAAAGCGCGCCUUUUGCUUCUUAUAGAGACUGGUCUAAUACCAACUGCGAAAUCAAUUGCAAGUGUUUCCAAUGGAGAAGGUAUAUGCCCAGCGGGCCUCACUUUUGCAUGAGAGCGUCUUUGACCUUUGGUUCGAUCACAUUCUGGACAAGAUACACUAAGGCCAUCAGCGUGAAAGUGGCCAAGUCUACGAUGUAUGUCUAAUCUUGAAGCUUGUGAAUGAAGUCUAGCUUCUUCUAUACUAGUGCAUACUAUAUCCUCCUCAGUUUCGUUUUCUUCUUUGCUAAACAUGUCACAACCUAGAAUAGGUAACUGCAUCUGGGGGCAAUUUGUUAUGGGUAGAGAGCGGCCGGAGCGGGUAUUGUACAACGUUCCGCCACUUUCUGUGAAAUUCAUUUGCCAACCCUUCUCAUGACAGUUUCCUUCACCUAGCCACGGUGUAAUGCGAUCUAUGGCUUUUGGUAAGUGUUCAAAGUGUACGCCAUAUUUUAGUCCUAAUUUGUUUUCUUUUAGUCUACCUAAGUUCCCACUUCGCUCUCCAGCAGUGCCACUAAUAUGACAAAGCCGGUAGCUAAUCUUCUUGAAAUCGGAACGAUGGCGCGACGAAUAUUUAUUAGCACAACUGUCAACAAGUGAAACUGUUUUGCUAUUUUCCCUGUUAUUUGCACUUAGAUAGCAACCUGAGCGAUUGUCAAUCAUAUAGCUUUCACCCCUAAGCGGUUCACUUCUAUAUUCUUUACUCUCAAUGUUUUCUUCAAAGUUCAGCGAACGUCUUCCAUUUUCAUCUUCGAAAUCUUCUUCCAAUUCUUCUUCGUCUUGGGGUUGUCCAUCUCGUUUCCCAUAUCCAUUCCAUUCCGGAUUGGUUUCGACUCAGCGUUGUGGUUGUUGUCCACCCCAUUGCUGUUGUGGGUUACUGUUGUCGAAUCCUUCUCCUCCACUUUGUUGUGGUGGAUAGCUGUUCUGGUGCCACGGAGGGAUAGCGUUACCUUGCGGCCAGCAGUUGUAUGAAUUGUUGAAGAAGUUGCUGCCCAUGGCUUUGUUAGGUUGGUAGCUUUGACUCAUCGGGUUUAGCCAGCAUUUGCGCGCCUUAUGUCCAUACUUGUGGCAAUAGUUGCACUGGAUACCCUCAUUAGGAUUAGAGUUCUUAGCGCCUUUACCUUUGCCAUUUCCUUUGUUUUUCUUACUACUAGAACUACUACUACUACUCUUUCCACUUCCUUUUGCUGCGUAGACCUCGUUCUUGAUUUCUUUGCGAAUCUUCUUGCGAAGUCGUUUGAUCGUUGUUUUCUUGAGAGUGGCAAACGCGUUACCAUCGUCAUCACUCUCAUCCUGACGCUUACGCUUCUUGGUUUUGUUAUUGUUCUGGUUUUCAUCAUCAGAAUCUUCGACAGCUGGAAAAGCUUUGCCGAAAGAUGGACUCUCGAUCUUGUACUCACCAGAGUCAAUCAAGCUCUGAAGUCGUUUUGUGAGUCUUUCACCGAUUUGGACGAACGUUAGAUGUUCUUCUUCUUGCAUCCUCUCGAUUGUCUGUCGAAAUGCUUUGGAAAACAUUUUUGGCAGAAUGUCGAGGAUUGCUCCACUUUGUUGAUCAGCAACAGCCGCACCAACUUCCGGCGGGUAUACGGUCGGAGAUUGGUUCAUGACAUCUCUGACCUUCGCCAGGAAUGUUGGAACGUCUGGAGGAGAAUCGCGGUUCGUGAAGUGCAUCCCUUCCAACGCUUUAGCAGAGAUUCGCUGCUCUGUGCGGUCAUUUUGACUGAAACCAGCGUCACGGAGGUUCGUCACCACUUCACCAGCGUUCAUUACAGUGGUAUCCUGAUCCUUCAUAUGUGCUUCGGCUGCACCUUUGAGCGACUUGAUGAUCACACUCUUCAAAUCUCGCCAAUUCUGCUGGAGCAUGCGGUCGCUGUUGUUGGGUUGGUUCGGAACCCCUGCCGCAUUGCCGUUCAGCACAUUGUUGAGGUAUUGGACUAGGUCCAGGCGGUCUGCUUCUUGCGUUACCGCUCGAAGCCAGUCACGCCAGUCAGAUUUCUGCCCCAGUUUGGGUGAAAUCUCUCCGAGACUCAUAUCGGGCAUUUUGUGGCGCAAGUAGUGCGACUUUGUUUUCUCUACUUCUACAAAGAAUUGACUAGCUAUUUCUUUAAUAAGGUAAGGCUCAAGGGCUUGGAACAGUGUUGCAAAGAGAAGCUCCCAUGAAAUGGAUCGCCAGAAGUUGCCGAAAGUCUCCGAAAGUUCAUCUGGCAAGUGUUGCUCUGAUAGAUUCGGCAAAGCCAGUAGCGUGACGACGGCGGCGGCUGUCCGUCAGUCUGUUGGUCUCCCUUGGUCUUGGUUGCUUUGCUUCAAGCAGUGAGCCGGGGCCCCGUCUUUCUUGUUUAGCUUGUUCCCUCUGCACUCAGCCACCCCCUUCCUUUCAUUGGUUCUUCCUCCUUCCUUCGUUCCUGACUACACACACAAAGACACCUGGCAACCAAGCCCGCUGCCUGGCGCGCUGGCUUGGCUUCUUUCUUGCUUGCUUCCUCUCUCUCUCUCUCUCUCUCUCUCUCUCUCUCUCUCUCUCUCUGACUGCCCCCCCAGUCAGUCUGGUCUGUGUCUGUCAGUCAGUCUGCCUCCCGUUCUCUCUCACUCUGGAGCCAGCUCCCUGCAUGCCUUCCAUCCAUCCUCCGCCCGUCGCUCGCUCUCUCUGUCUCUGUUUCUUUGUGUCUCACUAUGUGUGGCCCCUGUCUGACUUUCUUUCUCUCAUUCUCCUCCCUGCUCGCUUCUAUCUUCUUCUCCUUCGUUCUCUUCCUUGCUCACCUCUGUCUCCCUCCGUUUUUGUUUCUGUCAGUCUUAGUCUGUUGCCUUGUUUCUUUGCUUCAUUCGUUCGCUUCGUUCUCCCUCUCAUGGCCGCGCGCGUCUCUGUAGUGCAUCAGUCUAAGCAAUCCACGCACCUGCGCGCCCCUCGAUCCAUGCAUCGACCCACCCACCCACCCACUGCCUGGCGCACGCGGCCCGCCGAUGGGCCCAGCCAUGGAACGACCCGCGCGCCGGUCGGUCUAGGUAGCUAGGUGCCGCGCGUAGCUAUGUACCUGAUGAAUCUGUCGGACCUAUGAAUGUAUAUACAUUCAUGGCCUAGAAUCUACCGGAUAGCUAGCCAGAUUGAUCUACGCGCGAGGGUGUCGAACUAUGUAUCUAGCAUACUAUCUAAGUAACUAAGAGCGUGCGAAAGAGUGCAAGAACGAAAGUGAGGCAAGGAGGAGGGCGGCUAGUUUCCGUUACUUCGACGUGAGUGCGCGUCUCUGUGCGGGUGUGUCUUUCUAUGUCUAAGAGAGCGCGCGUCUGUCUGCGUUGCGGUCUCCCUGCCUGGCACCCGCUCGCACUGUGUAUCCAGCGGCCUUCCUGGCAGUUAGUCAGUGGGGGCGCGCUCUUGCUCGGCCUAGGUAGCUAUUUGCGUAUCUAUGUGUCUAUGAAUGUAGGCGCGCGCCCAUCCUUCCAACAGGCAGUCUACCCACCGACCUACCAACCUCCCUGGCGGCGUGUGUAGGAGUCAGCGGCAGUCUGUGAAUGAGUGUGCCUGUGAGUGUAUCUAACUACGUGCGUGUGGGUGUGUGAAUGAAUCCACGGGCCAGCCUAUGUAUGUACGAACGAACCAACGCCCCAGACAGUAGCUAAGAGAUCACAAGCCUCCAAAUUUUCUCAAAGUCCCCGUCGAAGAAUGUUGCCCGUCAGUCUGCAGAUUGAUGCGACGGCAGAACUUUCUUCAACAAUUUGACAAAAAUGCAGCAGAUAUGUCAAUCAAAAACCGCUCCGCCGUUUUUUGCCGAAUAUCGCCGAUUAUUUCCGUUCUUGUUUCUCCCGGUUCCUUAGCUCCGUUUAUUUCCGUUUAUUUCCGUUUCCUCCGAAAGUUUCCGAAAGUUGCCGAAAGUUUCCGAAAGUUGCCGAAAGUUUCCGAAAGUUGCCGAAAGUUUCCGUCUUUUUCCGUUAAUCGCCGAGGAAUAUUUUCGGAAACUUUCGGCAACUUUCGGAAACUUUCGGAAACUUUCGGCAACUUUCGGAAGCUUUCGGCAACUUUCGGAGGAAACGGAAAUAAACGGAAAUAAACGGAGCGAAGGAACCGGGAGAAACAAGAACGGAAAUAAUCGGCGAUAUUCGGUAACUAAAGGAAAGUGGAAACACUUUCGGAAACUAACGAAGAGCCACCGGCCUUUUCUUCGAUCUCUCGACGCUGCAGCCCUACAGGUGAAUGAGUGGGCACGUCGGUCCGUACUCGCGCGGACUCUAAGAAAUCCAGACCCAUGCAUCCAUGGACAGGACGCGUCCGCCCUCUCAUUCUAUCUCUGCCGUACGCUCGUGGAUGCCUACAGUAGGCACGCGCACUGGCUCACACAUAGACACGCACCAUCUACGCACCCAGCCAAGCACUCACGCGCGCACGUAGCCACGUCCUAUAGUGUACACAAUUAGCCAGCGCCGACCCCUCUAGAUAUAGCAAGGGCGUGCUUCUGUUUAGUUCUUUAACGUUGAUAGAUAGAUACGCCCACGGAUGCUAGGUAGUAGCUAGGUACGCACCCACCACAAUGGGGCAGACAGUCUGACGCACUCCCCCACACACGUAACGGCGCCGCGGCCUUCGCCCCGCCCUCUCACUCUGGCGCUCGCACGCGUGCAGUGGGUACAUAGGUGGGCGCGUAUUCAAUAUCCUAGAUAGCGGCACGCGUCUGCCUUCGUUCUCUCUUUUCCUGUCAGUCAGUCGGUCGGUCUAUGCGUCUCAUAUGUGCGCACCUACUCACAUGGAUGCCAUAGAUACUUACGACAUGCGUACACCCAUGCGCUGUCUCUAUGUCAUAGGCUGGCACGUAAGAGAUGGACUCCUUGACUGAGUGGCGAGAGGGUGGGCGAGUGCGUGACUGACGGGCCGGGUGGGUGGGCGCGAGGGUGAGUCAGUGCAUGUAUGAACGCAGGAACCAACCAACGCGCGCGAGCGCGCGCCCAUCCGUCGGCCCACUCAAUCACCCGGCGCGCACUCUCUUCGUUCCUGUGAGUCAAUGCAUGGCCGACGUGUCUGCGUGACGAGUCACGCACUGAACGAAAGACGGCGCGCGUGCCUACCUACCUACCUACCUACCUACCUACGUAGGCACGCACCUACCUAGCUAGGUAGCUGCGUGCCUACCAACCUACUAGUACUACCUAGGUAGGUAGGCUGGUAGGCAGAUUCAUUGGCUGCCGCUGCUAGCUAGGUGCGUUACGAAAGUAAGUAGGUGCCAGCCUCGGCGCCUAUGACAUGUAUCUGCGAGCGUAUCAAUGAAUCUACCAGAGACUCAAUAGACAGCGCGUGAGGCGGCUGAGUGAGCUGCUCUGCUUGUCUCGGACUAAGUUAGUUAAAAAAGUGGCUUGGUUGCUUCUUAGUUACUUUGUAAAUAAAUAGAUAAAGGAGCACCUAUAUACUUACCUAUGCAUACUAAACCAACGAACGGAGCCUCGCUGUUAGUUAGCAGUGACUGAGCGCGUUGGUUCGUUGUGAGCGAGUCCAUGCAUGCACGCCAUGGCAUGCGUGCAUCCAUGCACGCAUCGAUCGAAGCAACUCAGCGACCCCCCGAGGGAACAACUUACAGGCGCCACUAACUACGCCAGCGGGGGGCCCGCGUAUGUAUGAAUCUGAGGACGCUUCACGGGAGGCGCUUUUAUCGAGUGAGAGAAAGUCUGCCAGUUGAACUUUCGGAAACUUUCGGGAACUUUCGGCAAGGACCCUCAUGGGCCUCCAUUUUUGCAAACAGUGUUGGAACACCCGAACACGUCCAAGCGCACUACGAGGCUCUUGAGAGCAAAUGGAAUGAUUAUCGUUGCAAUGUAACAGAAAGACGAUCAGAACGGACGUGCCGAAUGAUCACUGACUGUUUAAGGCCCUGAAAUGGUAUCAGAAUGGGUUCAAUGUCAUUGGGAUAUCAUGAAGGGCCAUAGUGCAGUUAAAGAUCUGGGAGAUCUUGCUGCUAAUUCAUGUUGGAACUCAUUGAGUUCAAAUGAUGAUCAUACGAGGAACUAACAUGAGUUCAAGACAAGGAACGGCAUUGAUCAUGAUCAAGGUGACGAGUGAGAGCAGUCAUUUGGCAUUGAAAUCAGGUUCAUCCAUUGGAUCUUGAGCCAGUGACGACCAUUGGCCAACAGUUUCCAUUUUCAACCAUAUCAAUUAGGAAAUAUUGAAAGUGAAAACGGAUUUUGAUCGUGUAGAAUUAUCGCAGAAGAUAAAGAUGGAAUGUCGAUGCACAGAUUUGACUAUGACUACUUAAUAGAAAACAGAAUCAAUGAAAAAAUGACAUAUCAUCUAGUAUGUUGAGACUUAAUUCAAUACUCUUGCAAGAAGAAGCUACGCGCGCUGGACGAGCUAGUUGUGCUCAUACAGCACGCCCGCGUCCUCUGAUAAAACAGGUAGUUCCAGUUGUUGUUUGCAGGAAGAGAGUGUGCCUUUCUCCAAAUUCGAUGAAUUGCACAUGGUAAGGAAAUGCGUUUUCGAUUCAGCCACAGCCACAAACAGAAAGUAUAAAACCACUACGCGUAGAGGAUUUGUCGAGGUGUCCGG